GAUUGGGGGACGAAGCCCUCUCACAGUGGCUCGCUGACUAGGAAACCGGAAGGGGAAGUCGGUGCCGCCGCCGCUGCCGACGCAAUGCAGAGGGAGGAGAAGCAGCUUGAGGCAUCAUUAGAUGCACUGCUGAGUCAAGUGGCUGAUCUGAAGAACUCACUGGGGAGUUUCAUUUACAAGUUGGAGAACGAGUAUGACCGGCUGACCUGGCCCUCUGUCCUGGACAGCUUUGCCUUGCUCUCCGGACAGCUGAACACUUUGAACAAGGUCUUGAAGCAUGAAAAGACACCACUGUUCCGUAAUCAGGUCAUCAUCCCUCUGGUGCUGUCCCCAGACCGUGAUGAAGAUCUCAUGCGGCAGACUGAAGGACGAGUGCCUGUGUUCAGCCAUGAGGUGGUCCCUGACCAUCUGAGAACCAAGCCUGACCCUGAGGUCGAAGAGCAAGAGAAGCAGCUAACAACAGAUGCGGCCCGCGUUGGUGCUGAUGCAGCUCAGAAGCAGAUCCAGAGCUUGAAUAAAAUGUGCUCAAACCUUCUGGAGAAAAUCAGCAAAGAGGAACGGGAAUCAGAGAGUGGAGGUCUCCGGCCAAACAAGCAGACCUUUAACCCUGCAGACACCAAUGCCUUAGUAGCCGCUGUGGCCUUUGGGAAGGGGCUGUCUAAUUGGAGACCUUCAGGCAGCAGUGGUCCUGGCCAGCCAGGCCAGCCUGGAGCUGGGACCAUUCUUGCAGGAGCCUCAGGAUUACAGCAGGUGCAGAUGGCAGGAGCUCCAAGCCAGCAGCAGCCGCUGCUCAGUGGGGUACAGAUGGCUCAAACAGGUCAAACAGGGAAAAUGCCAAGUGGAAUAAAAACCAACAUCAAGUCAGCUUCAAUGCAUCCCUACCAGCGGUGAGUGUGGCCAGCAACCUCCACUCCCAGGUGUCCCUUGCAGAGUUGGGCAGUGAAAUUGCCUUUUGCCCAAAGUGAACUACAUGGGUACAAUAAAGAGAACAUGGGCUUUCAGCACCAGACAGACCAGACCCCAGCUCCACCACUGACUAGCUGAGUGACUUUGGGCAAGUGACCUCAUUUUUCUCAGCCUGUUUUCUUAUUUGUAACUGGCGAUGAUACCUACCUCAUAGGGUUGUUGUGAGGAUUAAAAUGAGAAAAUGAAUGUAAAACACUUAGUAUAGUCUAUGAAAUGAUGGGUAUUCAAUAAACUGUAGUUUCUACAGCUACUUCUCCCCACUGCCCUCCUCAGUCCUGGAUCCAGAACUUAGUGGGAUCUGACAUUGCUUCACGUCAGUGGUGAGCUGACGGACCCAAGAUCACGGGCUGCUCUGUUAUGUUUGAAAGCCUGUGCUUACUUUAUGUGGCCAGAAACUGUCGUAGCCUCUGUAUGUCCUUAGGGGCGUGCAGGCUCUGCAGGCCCCCUCUGCCUAGGUUCCAUCCUGGCCAUCUCUCCGAGCUAUGGGCAUUGAAGCUUCUGGGCUGGGUCAAAUGGCCCACCUGCAGCUCUGGUGAAGUGUGAGUCUGCUCUCCUCCUUCUCUCUAAGAAGCCAGUUCAGCUCUUACCUGGGAAAUAGUCACAAAGUCGACUAUCCUUUACCUCACCCCAUACACAUGAAAGAAGAUGUCACAGGUCCGGUAGGUGGGGGCUUCCCAGGAAGUGGCUCUUCCAGGUAGGACUGUGUAAGAAAGGGAUUUCUUCAGGGUUUAGUUGGCCUCAUAAUAUGCCUACUGCCUGGACUCCAGCCAGGAUGGCUUUCCUCCAGUCCACUGAAACUCAAAUUAGAGCCAGAUUGCUGGUGGGUGGGGAUAGCCACCAGGACUUUUGCCUGCUUUGCAUAAAGCUGAAGAGCAGCGUGAGUUGGGUCUGCAGCCUAAGCUGCCUUUCUCGCUGCUCCUUUGCAGGGAGGGGCAGGGUUUAAGUCAGGAGAAGACCAAAGGGUUUCUCUGAAUAAAGUUUGUUUGUUUAUUAGAUUUUAUUUAUUUAUUUGACAGAGAGAGACACAGCAAGAGAGGGAACACAAGCAGGGGGAGUGGGAGAGGGAGAAGCAGGCUUCCUGCCGAGCAGGGAGCCCGAUGUGGGACUCGAUCCCAGGACCCUGGGAUCCUGACCUGAGCCGAAGGCAGACGCUUAACGACUGAGCCACCCAGGUGCCCCUCCCUGAAUAAAGUUAUUUAAAUUGAUGGCCACCGUGUCGGGGUUAGCUGACAGCUAUUUAUGAGGGAGCUAUAUAGGGAUCAGAGACCAUAUGUCAGAGACUUUCAAAGUUGCUGCAAGGCAAUUCUAAUUUGUUCUCCAUAAGAUGUUUUCUUAGCUUUGAUUAGCUUUGAUGUAAAAGUCCUGAGCGGUAUGAGGAGGGCCUGCUCAUACCUUCCAGCUGCCUUUUUUCUGUUCUCUUCGGUCACACAGCAGUGCUUCGGCAUUUGCUUGGUGCCGGGCAGAAUUCUGCCAGGCUGUGGCAGCAAAGAACUGGAAAAGUCCCCAAUGUCACAUCCAUUCCUGCCCCAUCAAGACAAGAGAUGGUAUCCGCAGAGUUCGGUGGUCAUAGACCCAACAGCGUGGGGAGUCCUUUUAUCAGCUCUGAGGCAAUGCCAGACCUUCCCCCCACUUCAGCAGUGCUGCCUUACUGCUCUGUCAGCCCGCUCAAGUGUUCCUUAUGUUCUUACCGUUUCCCUCCUUGCUGGAAGCGUCAAAGCUAACUGUCACAUUGGAUAAAAUUCAAGUUGUACGCCUCUAAAACCCUUGAAGGAGCUUUUGGUGACUGCCAUCCUUAAUUCCACCAGAAGAUUCCCUCCUAUUGAGAGGCACCAACCCCAAGUUCCUUUGUUGUCUCAGACUAAUACUACCUUCAUUCCCACCAUAAUAUUUGAAAUGGGUUCCUUGUCCUCCCGGAGUGGAAAUGUCCUCCUGCCCCAACAGGAACAUGUGCAGGACCUCACCUACAUCUUGGGCCCUUAUGCAAACAUUCCUUACUCUGGAGGCACUCACAUCUUUAUAUUCUUUACUCUGGAAACACACGUUCUCAUUUCCGACCCCCUCCUAUCCCCACAUCCUCUGGAGUACACACACCUAUGUAGCAUUGCCAACUUUGGGACCCACACAACCUGGUAAAUGCCUCCAUGGAAAGUAUCUCCCUCUCCUCACCCACGCAUUCCCUCCAUUCCCUCAGGAACGAAUAUAUACGGUGCUCCCUUUGAAGAAGAGGACGUGAUGUGCUUACUUGUUCAGAUUUAGGAUUUGUAAAAGAUGGCUCUCUUGCUCUACUUUGGGGGUAUUCCUCUGUUUCUGACUUCUCUGUUUUGCCUGGGGACUGUGCUUUCUCAUACUCUCGGGGCCCCUGGAAAAUGAGGUUAGGCCAUCGUUUCCUGGGAUUAUGCCUAGGAUGGAGAAAGAAGCACUGUGAAAUCGUGAGAUCUUACUGCAGUGCAGAGUUCAUCCUGCUGAAAGCAGAUUAAGAAAGCUUACUUAAUCCAUAUAUGCGUGGGCCAUUGCCAUUGCCUAGGACUGGUCCGUGUCCAGCUCUGCCCUGUCGCUAGAAUUCUGUCAUUGUUGAACCUCCCUUUCACUCAUUACCCCAGUCACCCCAUUCUCUACCCCUUCUGAUGUCUACUGCUGCCCUACCUAGCCAACUUUACUUAACCUUGUACUUUCUUCUGAAACAGCGAAAAUCGAUAGGUUGUAGCCAAGUGCUCCUUCCAGCUUCAUAAUGGGUUCUGUCUUGACGACUGAGCUGGAGGUGUAGACUGCUCACCUCCUGUCCUGCUGUCAGGGAGGAAGCUGAACUCUGCAGGAAUGUCCUAGUGCAAGGCUGGUCCCUUUUUCCACCCAUUCUCACCUCCCCCAGGCAGCUGGGAACAACCUCUCCCUUUGUCUGAGUUUCUUGUACAGAAUAAUCCUCCUUACGGACAAUGUAUUCUCUGUGCCCUGUGGACAUAGGAGCCGUGUGAGCUGAUCCCAGCACCAGGCAGGACGGAGGCUGAAUCCUUCCAAAUGCUUACCCUGGGUCAACUCCUGAUUAUUGUCCAGAGAAAUUACUAAGGGAUGUACGUUGACCUACUGGCUAAAUCCAGAAUUUUUUCAGGGCUCAUCUUACUUGAUCUCCAUGGUGUUUCCUAGUGCUGAUCAUUUCCUUUUCAUCUCUUUCUCCCCACUUGGCCCCUACGUCUCUGACCAUUCCUUUUCUGCAGCUUUUGGCCUGUUAUCCCUCUGCCCACUGUCUCUGUGACCACCACUUUUAUUUUCAGCUCAGAGCUCUCUGCCCCUAGGAUCCAUAGGUACCUCAAAUUCUGAAUGUUCAAGUCCAGGCAUCCUUCCCUCUGAACCUGUUUUUUUUUUUUUUUUUUUCCUAGUUUCCUGGGUAUGACCUAAGCCAGGUCUAUGGAAGCCAUCCUAAACCCUUCCCUCUCUGUGUCCCACCCCCAGGUGCCAAAUCCUAUCUCUUCUGGCUCCCUAAUAUCUAUCCAUCCUGCCCUGCAUUUUAGGCCCUGGGCCUCUUUCCCUAAAAGUGUUGUUCAGACUCCCUGUCUCCCACUCCCACCCAUCUUUGAUACAGCUGCCAGGUCUUUCUAAACUGCUGAUCGGAUCACAUUGCUCCUUUGAUUAAAAUCCUUUUGAUAGUUCCCUCCCCAUGUUUCUCAAACUGGAGUCCAUGCACCUGGCAGGUUGGUGUGCCAGGCAUGCUGAAAGUCCUUGGGUCAAAUCACCCUGGAACACUCAUUUUCUUGAGGGUAAGUAAUUUAAACAGAGAACAAAAAACUAUCAUGUAUGCAUUAUUAGGAGAAAAUAGACUUGAAGGAAUUCCUACUAGUCUGAAGGGGUUCAGAGUAAGCCACUGGAUUUCCUGGGGGAUAUUUCUUUCUGUCUUUUUUGCCAUUACAUUUACUUCAUUGAAAAAGUUUGAAAAACAUCUCAAAUUUCCUGGAAAGGCAAGGAAGAUUCUGUGUGAUCUGGCCCCCUGACUUCUCCUUAGUUUCUCUCUUGUCCUGCUGCCCACUCUGUUCUCGAGCCAUACAAGCUGCUUGAAGUUUCCUGAAAUGAACAAACUCUAGCCUCCGUUCUUUUUGUCCUACCAUUCCCUCUGCAAGUAACAUUUUGCCCCAUCAUUCUGUCUGAUGAAUACCCAAUCAUCUUUCAAAAUUCAGCCCAUGAGCUGGUCUUCUGUGAAGCUUUCUGACAACCCAGUGUGGGCACAACUCAGUGCCACUCUUAAGUAAGUAAGGUCAGUUACCUCCUCUUUUAUGCUCUUUAUUGUCCUCCAAGUUCGAGCACCUUGAACUGUCAGGGUUUGAAUUCCAGUUCAUCUACCUGGGAGCUAGGUGAUCUUUGGCAUGAAUGUGUAUGUCUGGCAUACUAUAGCACCUGGCCCACCGUAAACACUAUAAAUGCUAGCUGCUACUAUUUUUUUUUUUUUAUUAUUCACUUAGAGAGACACAGUGAGAGAGGGAA